AUGAAUGCAUCACAUAUCUCGACUCUGAAACUGAACACGUUAGUGUGGCUCAAUGUUAAUUCUAACUCAUCUGAGUCAAAUUAUCGAUUUGCGCAAAUUCUUAAGUCUGCGCAUAGUCAUCUGGAACUGGAAACUUAUGAUGAUAUUGAUAAAUGUAUCGAUUAUAUUUCCGAGUGUCAAGGCAGGACAUUUGCUCUGAUACUGAACGGUCAGUCAAUUCAAUAUAUAGUGCAAUGUGCGCAUGAUAUAUCUCAAUUGAAGAGUAUUUAUAUAGAAUGUGCGCUGGAAAACGUCGCCAGACAUCAGUUAUGGUCGAAGGAUUACGAGAAAAUCAAGGGAUUUGCAACAACACCGCACGAUCUGGCUAAUGUAAUAAUGAAUAAUCUUAUGAAAGAAAACCAAUAUCAAGAGUCAUUGCUGCACUCACAACACAAUGCACACAGACAGCAGACUAUCAAAUGGUUGUGGAAAUCAAAUACCGAUCCAUGGUUCCUUAUGGAACACGAGGAAUGGCAGUCGUACACUGACGUUGAAAUAGCUAUCAUUGAAGAAGCAUACAGCAUAUGGUUCAAAUAUCGAAUAACAAUAUCAACCAGCAAAGACUCAUUAAACGAACGAGUUGUAAAGGUGGGACAAAUCGAUCUAGCAACUUGA